CGCGGGCAAUUAUUGGCAGUGGACGCCAAAGCGGGGACGCUUGGUGUCAGACGCGCGCGAGUGAGUGUGUUCGACAUUAAAAAUGCACAGUGAGUAACGGACGCUUAACCGCGUUUACUGUUUCAAUUUACAACUUCAAGCCACCAAACCAUACACAGGGAUUUUCACUUUGGACCUAGCACUGGACAAGAAACUUAACAGGAAACAAAAAUAUGACUUAAUGAACACGACGAAUAAACCGGAUCUUGCAAAAUAACUGUAAUUAUAUGAUCAUUAACAAUUAAGUUUCUACGACAAUCAACCCGAAUGAAGGUCAAAAUUCCAGUCAACUGACAUAAUCCACAAACGUUCUUAAUGAUUGGUGUUAAAAAGUUCGGACACAGGACAUUAGCUCAGUGGCGCGAUUAUUAAAAAAACAAUAAUACUGCAGAAUAAUAAGAGAAUAAAAGACUGAAAGUUUCGGUCUGAAGAAGGAACAUCAAUGCAGGUGAUGAUGAAAAUCUUCAUAUACUAGCUUAAUGUGACUUCACAGAACAGACCACUGAAGUAGCAAUUAGGUAAACGACAUAUCAAUACAAAAAUCAACACAACUCGGACUACAGAGGAAAAUCUACGAGGAGCAACAUCUGAGGAAACAUGAGUGAAGAUUCCUCUACUCAUUUCACCAUUGUCACACUUCUUCUCGUAGCAGUCUUACUACCACAAGGGGCGCUGAGCCUGAAGCUAUUGAAGGUCGGUGUUCCUCCGUACAUACUACGCGGAGAAAUGGCUUUGCUGCAGUGCCAGUACGACUUGGAGAAUGACCGUCUCUACUCUGUCACGUGGUACAAGGACCACGAAGAAUUCUAUCGUUACGUACCCAAGUCCCACCCCCCUCAGCACAGCUACCCUCUAGAGGGCAUCAAAGUCGAUCACCAUCUGUCAGACAGCCAGGAGGUUCUUCUGAAGAAUGUCAACCUCAAGGCGAGUGGCAUCUACAGAUGCGAGGUUUCAGCUGAGGCACCCUCCUUCACUUCGGUACACGGCGAAGGUCGAAUGGAGGUAGUCGUUUACCAGGUCGGUGACGUCAUCAGUCUCAACUGUACAUCUGGAAAAUCAUUUCCAGCGGCAAGACUUAGAUGGUACAUCAACGGCAGACCGGUGGUGUCAGACUACGACGCAGUUGUCCAGCAACACGGGUUGGUUACCUCUGUGGUGGGUCUGAAGUUCGAGGUCAUGCCACACCAUUUCCGGUCGGGUCAUAUGCAGAUCCGUUGCGUGGCAACCAUCUCUACCGGUCUGCAGCACUCCGAGUACCGAGACCGCGUCUUUCCUCUCGAGGACAACAGAGAGGCUCUCCUGCUAGUUAAAGGACACGCGGGGCGAUCCCCAUGUUCAGCUGUCACCACGUUGUUGCUGGUUUAUCUUGCUACGUGGUUCGUCACAUGACAUGGAAUUUUAAACUAAAAAUUCGCAUAAAACUGUAUAAACCCGCGUUCCAUUCAUAUCUGAAAGUUUACGAAGUGCAUAUAUGGUGUUUUUCUUCCUUAAAAAUGGUGGAAUUGUUAAAUGUGUGUUUUUAACAACAGCUUAAAAAUAUGAGAAUAUUAUGCGAGAAAUGCGUGAAGAAAUGGACAAAAAUAAAAAUUUACUGCGUGCGUAAAAGUUGUGAGCAAAUACUGAAACAUGUAAUUACAUCUCGAAACUACAUCUUAGUGUAAUGUAGGAAUGUGUCAGGGAAACUUGGAAAAUGUGAGAAACAACUUACUUUUAUACUGACUGAAAUAAAUACAGCGUGUGAAAUGUAGAAAUGUGAUAUUACCAUACGUAUUAAUGACUAUACAAAAACAGUAAUACUGUACAUUAUGAUGUGUUACUCAAGUGUUGAAGACAUGAGAAUUAAUUACACAGAAAAGAUCAGACACCUAAUUUCUCCUACCGAAAUAAUGGGGGUCGCUUCCGACGACGAAUUAAAUUGUCAAGUCAGAUGUUAAAAUUUUGAGUUUCAAAUACGGAGAAGAAUUUUUAAAUUUUAACGUAGAUACAACUAAACUAUACUCCAAAACUAAAUUUAGUCAAAUUCCAUUCAGAAGCUUCGGGUUUGAGAUACGCGGAAAGAAAACAAACACAGUUUCUUCUAAGCUGUUUAAUUAACACAUUUCUUUUAAAUAGUGCGAAUAAUCCGUCUUCUAAAUCAGAAACCAAGUUCAAUUUCGGUCUCUUUUUCAUGGUUCUUUAUGCUACUCUGCCCUCUGUGUUUCAGUUACACAAUUAGACACGCCUCAAAACCAACUCGAAAAAAGUCAAUAGAAUUACGUUCCAAUUACAGACCGAUUUGGUGACUCAGUUAAUCUGUGUAAUUAACACAAAAGAGUUUAAGUUUUAUAUUUCUUUUCAGAAGGCCUAUAAUUACUCUAUAAAUAAUUCAUAUCAUUACAAUGACAGCUGUUUUGUAUCUUAACAAUACACUGAGCUUAGAAUGUUAAGAAUAUAUAUACAUAUAAAUAUA